AUGUCGAAUGUAUAUAUUCCUGAUGAGGAUUUUAUCUGUGAGGGAUUAGGCCCAAACAUGUCGAUUCUCGCGUUCUUUCGCGAACGACCUAUAGGACUUUUGGAUUCGCUCUUGUCGAGCAAGAUUCUACAAUAUCUUUGGAAAUUUCCCACCGUCGAUAAACUAUAUCGUCACAGUUAUGCGAGUUGUCUGAGUCUUGAUAGAAUGAAGGAUAAGGAAAAGAGCGGAGUUUCAGCAAAUUUUGAAGGGAAGGAAACAGGAAAGGGAACUUUCGAGAGUGACACAUGUGAAAAGGAUUAA